UAUUCAAUUAUUAAAUAACAUUAUUGUUUCCACUGCAGCCAACCUUCAAAUGCAUAUACUAUUUGUUGCUCAAAAUAUCAAAGAUUUAUUUCAGCGAAUGAAUAUCUAAACAUUUUAUUUAUAAAUUCCAGUUUUUUAUAUCUAUUCUUAUUCAGAUACAAUAAUUUAUUUGUAAAUCGAACAUGACUUUACCACCCGUGACUCUGAAGCGCGGGGCUCCCGUAGUAGCGGGCAACCCCCUGCCCAUCCCCCUACAGGGCUGGGGGAACAUCCCUCCCUCCCCCUGGCCUGUGUACUCUGCCAGGAUCCUGCUGGGGGAGAUCCUCGUGACAGAUCCCCAGCAUGCCAGGACGCUGUAUAAUAAUGGCUUCUUCGGACACGGCGCCCUCUCCGCCAGGGGCUUCGAUUACGAGCUCACGAGCAAAAAAAUUACGGCAAGUCAGCUCGCUCGUCGGGACCAGUGGCGACACAUGGCAACCACGUCCAAUUGCCAUGACAAACACAUGGCAACGACAAGCAAUUGCCAUGACAGACACAUGGCAACCACGUCCAAUUGCCAUGACAGACACAUGGCAACUACGUCCAAUUGCCAUGACAGACACAUGGCAACCACGACCAAUUGCCAUGACAGACACAUGGCAACCACGACCAAUUGCCAUGACAGACACAUGGCAACCACGUCCAAUUGCCAUGACAGUCACAUGGCAACAGCUGAACCCCAACCUGUAUACCCAACCUUAAAGACCAAUCCAAAGUCUACAAUUCAGAGCACGAGUCACAAGUCUGAAUCUGCGAGACGAGGUCUGGUGGACGAUAAUGUACCAAGAAAAGCGGUCUACGUGCUCACAGAUGAGUCCUGUGAAUGUCGAGAUGAUGAACCGCCGAGGAAAUUGUCUAAAACUGGGCCACGCGAGGGGACUGGGCCACGCGAGGGGACUGGGCCACGCGAGGGGACUGGGCCACGCGAGGGGAUUGGGACAAAAAAUGUCAGUCAUGAGGGAGUGGAUGACAUGGUGGAGCCCUUUGCAUCCACGCCUUCAGGAAGGACGUCUACCGAGCAACCUCUGGAGUCAUCGUCCUCUUCUCCAGCAGGAAAAUACUCAACAUCCACACAUGGAGGCUCCUCCAGCACACAUGGAGGCUCCUCCAGCACAUCACAUGGAGGCUCCUCCAGCACAUCACAUGGAGGCUCCUCCAGCACACCUCCAGCAGGAAGGCUGUGCUGGGACCCCCACCCUCUACAAGAGCCCCUGGUGCUGCUGCCUGAGGAGGCGGUCUUCCUGUGCUUUGCCCUGGGUUGUUUGGUGGUCACUGACCAGCGUGACCAACAGCUUAAUGUUGACGAGCUGUGGUGCGCGCUGCUGCAGAUGGACGAAGAACUUGCGUACAAAUACGCCGUGUAUCACCAGCUGCGUUCUGAUGGCUGGGUGGUGCGGUGUGGUGCGCGCUACAGUGCAGACUAUG